CCGCCGCCGCCAGAGCCGGGUUCCCUUGGCAGCGCCCGCCCCACUGAGCGCCAAGAGCCCGAGCGAGCGAGCGAGCGAGCGAGCGAGCGCCGGCGACCCGCGGCAGACCCCUCCGUCCGUCAUGCCGCCUCCUGCCGCCGCUGGUCCUGCUCGGCGCCGGGCGGUGCAGCUGGCGCCGGGCUCUCUGGCCGUGGUGCUGCGCCGCCGGGAGCGGGAGCGGGACGAGGAGGCGGGCGGCGGCUGCGACGAGGCGAGCGGGGCGGCGGUCUUCCAGGCGUUCCGGCGCGCCAACGCCGCCUGCCACUGGGACGCGGGGCUGGCGGGCGCGGUGGGCCGCGUGCGGCUGCAGGGCUGGCUGCGGGGCGGCGUCCUCUUGCUGCAGGGCCCCGCCGCGCCCCUCCAGCUCCUGCGCCAUGCCUGGCUGCGCAGGGUGCUGCGCCCGCCCGAGGGCUUCCUCAUCAGGGCCGUCGGAGCUCUGGAUUCCCUCCCGGUCAGUUGGCAACGGCACCGCUCAAAGGGGGCGCUGGGCAGCACACGACUUGGGCACCUCGUUCAUCUUCGUAAAGGGAGGAUGUGGAGCUCCUUUUUAGAAAGGGAGGAUGUGGGGGUCCUACCCUGGAAAGGGGGAGUGUGCUGCUUCCAGCAAGCUGAAGGCAAAAUGAGCCACAAACCUUUGACCGAGGACUAUACAUUAUGGUGGGCACUGGUGGCAGGCAACCCUGACACCCCCAUGGGAUGGAUCUGCCUUGCCAGAGACACUGAGGAGCACCUGAAGGAAGUGCAGGGCUCUCACCAGCGAGUGAUUGAGGCGGGAGGCAAAGAAAGAUCCAGGUCAGGGAUGAAAAUAUCCCUACUGCUAUUGUUAACGUGUUUCAUCUUUACUAUUCUAGGCAUUGCAACUCCCACACAUGACAUUUUAUACAAUACGCUAGGAAUGCUGAUUAAAGAACGGAAGAUCUAUCAUACUGGAGAAGGAUACUUCAUCGUGACCCCAAAUACUUAUUUUAUCUCUAAUAAUGCUGUGAAGAAUAACAAGAGGGUCCUUUUAGAGGGCGCUGGUCCUCGGGAGCCACCUGUCACAUACCUUGUAAGCGUGGAGGACUCUACAGAGCUUGUGAAAGAGGAUUUUCCUGUUGCUUCCCACUGCAGAUCUUGUCAUUGCUUCCCUGACCGUACUGGGUUGAGUGAACCCCAGCAGGCCUCAAGCCAUGAAGUUAAUGGGAAAAGUCAAAAAGAGUCUUCUGAAUCCAGAUCCUCGGUUCAAAAUCCAGCCACCCACGCGCUCCCUGGCGGCCGUCCUUGUGAAACCUCUGGCUCCUCGCAUUUGGUAAAGGAAAAAGAGAAGAGUAAAAAGUUUGGUCUGAGCCCUUUCUGGCGCAGCACAUCCAAAAAAGAAAAACCUAGGAAAACCUUCUGCUCGUUUUCUGCCCAGUUUCCUCCUGAAGAAUGGCCAGUCAGGGAUGAAGACAGUUUGGAUAAUAUCCCGCGUGAUGUUGAGCAUGAAAUCAUCAAGCGCAUUAACCCCGUGUUGACAGUAGACAACUUAAUUAAACACACAGUGCUGAUGCGGAAAAUCGAGGAAGAGAAAAAAUAUAUUAGUAAAGGGACUUCAACAGAAGUGUUGACUGUGAAGCGCAAACAUCUUCCCAAAGGGUGUGCAAGGAAGAAACAUUGCAGAGCUGCAAAGCAUCGCAGGAAAGUGUCGUCUGGCAAAGAAAAACAGAUCCGUAAAACACCAAGAGAUGUUGAAGUGGAUGACGUUAUGCCAGCUAAUGGCAACCUGGGAAACUGUGUAGAUCAUCCAUCCUGUAUGACAAGUGAAUCUGUACCUUGUGAAAAACAACCGUGUGAGAAUGCAAUAGAGGGUGACUUACGCUUUGAAGGAAAUUACAAGAAGGAAAUCACUAAUCCAUUUCAAGGUAUUCUUUGUAGAGGGAAUAAAUCCACAAAAGCUCAUAAAAGUCGGAAACAUGAUUACGUAAAAUCGGCAGUUCCUAGAUCAGAGAGGAAUUUUCUACGGUCCCACACUUUUGAACCCUCAGAACCUAUGGACUGUAAAACAAAACAGUGGUUUGCUAUCAAACGAGCUGGUGAAGAUGCCAGAAAGGAACCUCUAGCUGCUGAUUGUUCCAGUCACCGUCACGUCAUGGAACAUUGUUCCGAACCCUCUGAUUACUCACAGCGCCAAGCUUUACCAACAGGUGGCAAAUAUGGGACCGUAGGAGAAAGUAUAGUUUAUAAACAUAAUACGCAUUGUGGAACAAGCCCCCAAAAUAUGGUAGAGAACAGGGUAGCUUCAGACACUUACACUGGGCUCCUGGAUGGAUCUCAAGCUUCCAGUUGUGCACACCAACGUGGCAAAGCUGGCCUGUAUGGCUUAAAGGAUCAGAAUUCAGGCCAGUUGAAAAGUGUGUGUUUUCCCAGUGACAAAGAGGCUGCUCGCCAGUUGAAGCUGUCUGAAAAUGUUGCCAUACAGAGGCAUGAUGGGGAGUUGAAGAUGGAGCUGAAAUCAAGUGAUGCUAGCACGUGGCUUGGGUCUAUUAACCUACAGUGCACAGAAUGCUCUUAUGACAAGCCACUUCCUUACUCAACGGGGCAGGAUGCUGAUGCUUGCCGUUCACUAUGUCAUGAUGGUGAAGAACAGCUGUGUAAGGCAUUGUCUGAGUUGCCGUCCAACCGACCUCCAUAUAGUUCUUCAGAUACAGGGAGGCAAAAGAACAUAGAAUGCCAACUGGGCACUGACGUGUUGGAAAGCCAGAGUAUAAAUUCUCACCUCCCAGGGCAUGGAACUGAUACAGAUGUGGUUGAUUCUUGGGGGCAUGAAGAGAAUGACUUUUUUAGCGUUACAAGGUCAAACAGCAGCUCCAAAGAGUAUCAGAAGGUGAUCUUGGAAGGUCAGAGUUGUGUCUGCCACCAGGUAUCCCAGCUCGUUUACAAAAGCAGUGAAGAGAUCAUGGCUUUCUGUGGACACGGCCAAGCGCUGGACACUGUUGAUACCCAUGCGUUUAAUUGCUGUGAUCUGCAUGAGUCAGAAGCCAGAAUUUGGCAGGCAUCAGUAAAAGAAGUAGAUGGGAAAUUGGCAUCCUUGACCUUGCCCCCCAAAGACAGAGAAGUUAAGACAAGCAUUGCUGAAAAGGCCCAAAUGUUUGAUGAUGUGGCUAGCGCUGUAGAUCAGUGUCCGCAGCAUGAACAAAACCACUUGGAAGGGACAGGAAGCCACAGCAUAACGGGAGACAGCGGAAUAGAUUCUCCAAGGACGCAAAGCCUAGCAUCUGCUAAUUCUGCCAUCUUGGAAGGACUUAAAAAAAGGAGUUUCUUGAUGAACUUGGAAGGCAUAGAGAAAACAAUACAGAGCAGAAGGGCUCUGACACGGAAUUCCUUGCUUCAGUUGACUCCGGUCAUGAAUGUUUAAUUCCCUCCCCGCUUCUUACAAAUGUUUGAGAAGUCACUGUAAAAAUGUUAAUAUAUUUACUGUGAAAUCUAUAAAACUAUGAAUAUGUUAAAGUAGCUGCUGAAUUCAUGAUACUCUCCUUUCAAAUGUAUGAAAGCUUUGUAAUAAACUUUUUUUAUAUUAAAA